AUGGUUCGAGCAACGCGCAAGUCAACCGGCGCGACCGCAGCAGAAACUACUACGGCAAGCAGCCGGCGAGCCGACAAUGACGCCAAAGCUGCCCCCAAGUCCUCAACAAGGCAAGCCAAGAAGGUAGCAGCAGAGAAUCUGAAGGAGGAGUCCGAGUCAUCCGACCAGGAAGAUGCAGUGAUCAAGCAAGAGCUAACCACUCCUCGGAAGCCAUCAGUCAGAGCAGCAGCACCAACGCCGUCCACCACCAGGUCUCGGAAACGCGCCUCCGCAGCGGCGGACUCAACACCCGCAAAACAUGGCUCGAAGCGCACCAAGACCGAAGCCUCUGUGAAGGAGGAGGAUGUCAAGCAACUCCCAAGUCCUUCCGCAUCCUCUGCCUCACCACCACCAGAGACACCCCCUACCAAAGCCGCAAAGUCCACGAGUCGACGCCUCAAUCCCUCCGCGACCGCAAACUAA